AUGCUUGGGGACAGGGUGAGGUUGCCACAACGUGGGCUCGCGGCGUGGGUCAGCCCGGCGGCUGAUCAGCGCGGGUCGCGCAGCUUGCAACGCUUCUCAUUUACAUGGCCGUGCCGCGUGGUCGCGCGGCGCGGCGGCGGUCUCCUCGGUCGCACGCCCGCUUCAGCGCUGUCCACGGCCACCACACCUACGACGCCUCAACACAUCUCCCACUACCUGGAGCACCAGCCGCGGGCGACAUGGGAGGCGCUCUCCGCCGCCUUCCCUGCCGACGCGGUGUCCCACGGCCACGUCGAUGCCGUUCUCCUCUCCCUUGCCAGGCAGCCCCACGCCUCCCCCGAGCCCGUUGCCAAGAACGCCCUCACCUUCUUCCACUGGUCCGCCGCCGCAGCAGCAGCCGCUUCCUCCUCUUCCCCGCCGCCGUCGUCCUCUCACUCGCUCCGGUCCUACUGCCUCCUCGUCCACCUCCUCUCCCGCGCCGCGCUCUUCCGCGACGCCUCCGUCCUCCUCGAGUCAGCCAUCUCCAGGCACUUGUCGUCUUCGUCCCCCGCCUCGUGCUUCCUCGACGCCUUCUUCACCGCCUACGAGGACAGCGGCACGGCCGCCACGACCCGGGGCCUACACCUCCUGGUGCACGCCUACGCGCGGCUGCGCCUCCCGGGGGAGGCCCUCGAGGCCUGCCGCUACCUCGCGCGGCGCGGCGUGCUGCCCUCACUCUCUGCCUUCAACGCCGCGCUGCACGCGGCGCAGCGCGCUGGGUCGCUCGGUGUCUCAUGGGAGGUGUUCGAGCUUAUGACGCUGAAGCGGCUGUAUGCCAACCAGAGCACCGUCGAGCUUGUCAUCGGCGUCCUGAGCCGGGAAGGCAAGCUCGCCCGGACCGUGGCGUUAGUGGAGAGGAUCCACGGUAAGAAGUGUGCGCCUGGCAUUGUGGCGCACGUUGCACUCACGUUGAGGAUGAUCGAGGAAGAGAGGGUGGAGCAGGUGAUAUUGCUGCUGAAGAGGAUGCUGCAGAGGAACAUUCUCCUCGAUGAUAUUGCUUACUCACUGAUCGUGCAUGCCUACUGCCACAUUGGUGAUCUCAAGUCGGCACUCGAGCAAUGUGAUGACAUCGUUCGUCGUGGUCGUCGCCUGAAUGCAUUCAUGUACACUUGCCUCAUCAGAGCGCAUUGUUGCGAAGGCAGUAUGGACAAGGCUGCCCAGUUGCUUCAAGAAAUGUUAUCCAUGGGAGCAAAGCCUUAUGAUGCUACGUACAACCAUCUCAUUGCUGGUUGUUUCAGACAAGGGAUGAUAAAGGAAGGCUUGGCCUAUUUUGACAACAUGCACGAGGAAGGUUUUGUGCUGGACAUUGGCAGCUGCAAUGAGAUGUUAGAGGGACUCUGCAAUGCAGGAGAGGCUCGCAGGGCGAACGACCUGCUGACGGCAAUGAUGGACAAAGGACUUCUUCCUGAUCCGGAUAUAUACUUGAACCUUAUUAAUGGAUAUGGCAAGGCCGGCGAUGCUCAAGGUAUUGUCAACAUCUACCAUGAGAUGGAGCACAGAAGGCUUGAUCCUGGUGUUGAGGUUUUUACUGCCUUGAUCAAGGGCCUUUGCCAGUGUGGAAAUUUGAAGGAAGCUGAGAAGUUAUUUGCUGUGAUGAAGAAGAAAACAGUGGCUCCGACUAGUGAUUUGUAUGAUAUGCUUAUCAGCGGUUACUGUGAGAAGCGCAAUGCUAAGAGGGCACUUUGGUUGUAUGAUAUGAUGGUGACCGAGGAUGAGAAGCUUGUCCCCUCUGCUGAAACUUUUAUGAUGCUGGUGAGGAGAGUCAUCAAAGUAAAGAAUGUGUGUUCCCCUGAUAGCUGA